UACAUUAUUAUUCUCAUCCACGAAAGAAAAUAGAAAUAUGUCUCAUAAUGUAUAUUUAAUCGAAAAGGGAGGACUUUGCGUUUCGUAGAAUUAAGGGAGAGUAUUAUAUUACCAAACAAGUGGUGACUGAACCGGUGUUAGUUAUCGCGAUAACCUCCGUCAACCACAGUAACGCUAAAGGUCGAAUUCCUGAACCUCUGCCAUUAUUUCAUUAGAGACUAGGCAUGUCGAAAGCUCGUGUCUACGCAGACGUCAACGUUCACCGUCCCAGAGAUUACUGGGAUUACGAGUCUCUUGCCGUUCAAUGGGGCGAGCAAGAUGACUAUGAGGUUGUUCGAAAAGUUGGAAGGGGGAAAUAUAGUGAGGUUUUUGAAGGUAUAAAUGUCACCAACAAUGAAAAGUGCAUAAUUAAGAUCCUCAAACCUGUCAAGAAAAAGAAGAUAAAAAGGGAGAUAAAGAUACUUCAAAAUCUUUGUGGAGGCCCUAAUAUUGUGAAGCUGCUUGACAUUGUCCGAGAUCAGCACUCAAAGACUCCUAGUUUGAUUUUUGAAUAUGUGAAUAGUACGGAUUUUAAAGUUCUGUACCCCACAUUGACAGCCAACGACAUUCGCUACUAUAUAUACGAGCUUCUCAAGGCACUAGAUUACUGCCAUUCUCAAGGCAUAAUGCAUAGAGAUGUCAAGCCUCACAAUGUGAUGGUUGACCAUGAGCAACAGAAGCUUCGCUUGAUUGAUUGGGGUCUUGCAGAAUUCUAUCAUCCUUGCAAAGAAUACAAUGUUCGAGUAGCUUCAAGGUACUUUAAGGGCCCUGAACUUCUUGUUGAUUUGCAAGACUAUGAUUAUUCGUUGGAUAUAUGGAGUCUUGGCUGUAUGUUUGCAGGAAUGAUUUUUCGGAAGGAGCCAUUCUUUUAUGGUCACGACAAUCAUGAUCAACUAGUCAAAAUUGCAAAGGUUCUUGGAACUGAUGAAUUAAAUGCAUAUUUGAACAAAUAUCAUUUAGAGCUUGAUCCUCAGCUUGAAGCUUUAGUUGGAAGGCACAGCAGGAAGCCAUGGUCCAGAUUUAUGAAUGCAGAUAAUCAGCAUCUAGUUUCCCCAGAGGCCAUCGAUUUUCUGGACAAGCUUCUUCGCUAUGAUCACCAGGACAGGCUUACAGCGAGGGAGGCCAUGGCUCAUCCUUACUUCUACCAACUGAGAACUGCAGAAAAUAACAGAAUGCGGAGUUAGUAAAACCGUACUACUUGCUACUUGGUCAGCCGUAUUCAAGCCUACUGCAAACUUCCAUGAUUUUCUCUUGUAAUCUUGCAUACUCCAAUAUGUAGGCAUCAUGUUUGGUAAACUUUAAAGCUCAUAAUUCUGCUAUACUUUUCCAAAGCUUACCAGUUAUUACAUUAUUUAUCUACACUGCUCAUGCCCAAUUGGCUCCUUGUAUAACCAUUCGACCAUUUGCAAUAGAUUCCUACUGCUCAGUGAAAAGUA